AUGGCCCAAGCAAGUGACAGCAGCGCAAUGGAGGUCGAGGAGGUCUCGAACCAGACAGUCAAGAAGCGUUUCGAGGUCAAAAAGUGGAGUGCUGUCGCUCUCUGGGCGUGGGACAUUCAAGUCGACAACUGCGCCAUUUGCCGCAAUCACAUCAUGGAUCUGUGCAUCGAGUGCCAGGCAAAUCAAGCUGCUGGACUCAAGGAGGAAUGUACUGUUGCCUGGGGUAACUGCAAUCAUGCGUUCCAUUUCCACUGCAUCUCUCGUUGGCUCAAGACACGUCAGGUGUGCCCACUCGAUAACCGUGAGUGGGAGUUCCAAAAGUACGGACACUAA